CUUCCAUACCACAUGAUGUGCGGUGUUUCGAAAUUCAUGCUCUGUACACUCUGCUGUACAUGACGAAGAAGAAGAGGAGAGUAUCCGGAAGACCUGCGCAUUAGGUAGCGAGGAAGUGAACCUGAAAUAAAGACUUAUUUUAAUACUAACGUGAGAAUGAAGAGACAGAAUCCUCUGCGCUGGAUCUCUCUUUAAGGUGUCACCAUGCCCCUGGAGCCCACGAACGCCAAAGAUCAACGUGUGUGAAUGAGGAGGUGCCGUCACUUCUAGCUGAGUCAUGGGAACAACGAUGAGCGAGCCGUGCAUCUACGACAAACUCGAGAGCAUCGACAUCCUCCGAAAGUCGGGCUACCGCUACGGCAUGUCGGAGAGGGAGAUCGAGAGGUUCAUAAAGCAGGUCCUGGAGACCAACGAGCCCAGGAGGGAGCCGCCGCAGUUCCCCAUCAUGAGAGCCACCAUAAAGUUUGUGGUGGCGGUGGGAUUCCUCCUCGUGGUGGUGCUCGCCUUCACCUACCCUCAGAGCGCCCCCCAGCUGGGUCUGGUCCACCUGGGCUGUUACAACUGGUCUUCCCCUCUCAGCCACGUCCGCCUGCUGUCCCUACCUAUCGCCAAGAAGUACAACCUGCAAGGUUUCCAUGAGUGGUGGAGUGCCGGUUCCCUCAGACAGAACCUGGUGAACUGUUCGGGUUGUGCAGAGAUCUCCUCGGUGAUGGAAGUCCCAGAGAGCCUCAGGGGGACGGUGGCUCUGCGUCGAGGACCGCAGCUCGUCCUGCUGAAGGGUGGGGAGUCUCUCAGCGUUCAGCGGCAGCAGCUUGAGGAGCUUUACCUGGCUCAUUCAGGCUCCAUGUCCAUCCUGCUGGAGGAGGACGACGGUCUGCAGAACCUCAACCACGGCCUCCCACAAGGACCCGCCAACUUCACCCUGCUCUGGCGGUUCAGCUCUGGGACCAGGGAGAAGGUGUUGAGGUGGCUCUUUCCAAAGGCUGAACUCUGCCCCCUGCUGGACAGUGCUGGAACCAUCGUGCAGCGCUGCCUGGUCACACACAGUACAAACUCCCAGAGCAAGGGUGUGGGAGUGUUCGGCUGGCUGGGUGGGGAGGGUCUGCCGACGGUUCGAGUCCUGCCCGUUCAGCGCUGUCAGAAACACUGCAGCUCCUUCAACCUGUGGCUGACGCCUGGAGACAUGGUGUACGCUGACCCUCGGUUGCAGAUGGAGCUGUUCCCUGGCCGAGGUCAGAACAUCAUCUGCGACGGGUCGGCUUUUUAACCCUCAGGAGGACAGAGUUCAGCACUGAAUGUUUGGACGGAGGCGUUUCUUGGCCCCGCCCACUGAUGCCUUAUAACCCCGUCUGGUGAUUCUCCUCCCAGCGUCCUCGGAGAACUGAAACCACUGCACAUUUCAGCUUCAGAACUCUCCUGCAGGUUUCUGAGAGAGGACGCCAGAGGAGCGUUGUCUUCAUGAGAGCAUCAUCAAGCUUUAAAGUCUCUGGAUGUUCCGUGCUCGUGCCAUAGCUUCAAGCUGAAAUCUAGCAAGUAGACAUAAAGUAUAUCUUUGGCUGCGUCUCUUUCAGACUGAACAGGAGAUCCUGACGGUCUCGUUUCAGACCCCUGAACCAUCUUUAACUCCACCUGGUGUCUGGUGUUCAUUCACAUCCUUUUCCUUGAUUACCAGCUUGGUGAUGCAGACACAGAUUACACACUGUUCAUUUCUUACCCAGUUUUAUCGUCAAUAACGUCCGUUAGAGAAACUUAGAGCUCCUGUGAGGAUUUUUUAUCUGGUUGUGAAACAGACUGAAAUUAACAUUGAUGCUUCUUUGUGGCUCACAAACACAAACAGAAACAUCAGCUACGAGAUAAAUUAUUCCUAUGUUGUGAUUUUUAAACCUUGUAAACAACACCGGAGGGUAGGUGUCAGACCAUGUGACUAAAAAACAACCUUUUUUUUUUUUGUUAUAUUUUGGGGAUUUUUUGCACCUUUAUUAGAGUGGGCAGGACAGGGGAUCGUGCUGGAAACAGGGGGAGUAGGGAAGUGAAAGGGGCCGCAGGCUGGAAUCGAACCGAGGCCAACCGCUUCAUGGACGUGCAGUUUAGCCAUCAGGCCAAAUCCGCGCCCAAAACACACAUUUUUAAAAGAAAGCAGGAAGGUAUUUUUGUUGAAAACACUUCUUAAACACGUACAGGACAAAAAUCUGAAAAUACGACAAAUCUCUUUGUCCACAGGGGGCGCCACAAUCAACACAAAUUUUUAAAGUCCCUUACAGGAGCUUUAAGUGUUACAACAGAGUAACAGGAGUCAGAUCUCGCUUAUCACCUGACACACAAUAACCGACAGAUGGUAGCACUCUCUGGAUAUUAAGUAAACAUAAUGAAGAGUUUAUCAAUAUAUGAAGCCUCAGAAGGACUAAUGAGAACCUGCAGAUGUUUGCAGAACACUCUGGGAACUUUAUGUGUUGUGAUUUUGGUGAAGGGGCCCCUCUAACGUUUCCUGCUCUUCACCUCGUACGGUCCUCGUUGAAACCGUUUACCCAAAUUGACACAAAAAUGAACAUUUUUAGAGUUCUGGUGAUAAUUUAGAUUAACAGGACACUGUUUCUUUAAAUCCUCACGGUUGUUAAAGUAGUUUUCUUUCACUUGUCACUUUGGUGUCUGGGAAAAAAUCUCAGAGAUGAAAUCUGAGCACUUCCACAAAUUAAACCAGAUUUUAAAAACUGGAGAGGUAAAAUUAUAUGUUAAAUAUUUGGAUGAACUGAUCCUUUAAAAAACAGACACCACUCAAAAAGGCGACCAGCGUCAGAACACGUUUGAGUUUAUUUCCUCCGUCACGUUCAUCAGACGUCGUCUUUGUUCUCUCACUGAUUUAAUGACGAAGCUGCUUCUCUAAUUUCAGUGUCUUUAUUUAUUCUUAUGAUUGUAUGUAUAUAAGUUCAAGCCAUUAAUUUUAUUAUUAAUAAUGAUUUGUUGUAAUAUUAUUAUUCUUUGAUGGGGGGGGGCAGGCAGCGGUCAGCAGAUCUGUUUGUUUGGGUUGAUCUGCGAGGAUGUGUUCGUCUGGUUAUAACGAAUGAGUUUGCCAAAGUUAACGCCGUCGGGUCUGAAAGUGAAAGAACGCUCUCUGUCAUUUUAGUGUUCACCAGCGAGGACGCGUGAACGAAAUAAGGGAGGGAAUCUGGUGACGUGGACGCUGUGCAUAAAAAUGUCAUAGUUUUAUGAGGAAAUUAAAACUUGUCAUGUAUUUGCUUCCAUCUG